AUGUCCUCCGAACUAGCAGAAACCUACGACCACGACGGCAAACCCGUAAAACAUGGCCGUGCCCGCGUCAAUGGCAUUCGUCUACACUACAUCACCGCAGGUUCUGGUCCACCACUUCUCCUCUUGCAUGGAACGCCCAAGAACAGCUUCUACUGGUAUCGCGUAUUCCCUCUUCUCACACCACACUUCACAGUCGUGGCUCCGGACCUGCGAGGUUUUGGCUAUACGGACAAGCCUCCAUCAACCGAUGGCUACGAUUCCAAGGAGCAGGCUGCGGAUGUGGCAGAUCUAAUGACACAGCUGGGUCACGAGAAGUUCUACCUGCAUGGCGAGGACCGUGGAGCAGAUUAUGCGUAUGCUGUAGCAGGACUGUAUCGCGACCGUGUGCUGAAACUGAGUUUCUGUGAGAUGUUGUUGAGCGGAUUAGGACUGGAAGAGAGUAAUCUUUGGAGUCCACAGAAUGUGACGGCACAGUAUGAGAUGAGAGGUGUUUGGUGUUGGCACCUCUCCUUCUUCUACAUCCCCCACAUCCCCGAAAUGCUCAUCCAAGGCCACGAGCGCGAAUUCUGGGAAAUGUUUAUCAAGCAAGAAUGCUACAACCCCUGCAUGAUCGAACCCAAAGCCCUCGACCACUGGAUCGAAUGCGUGAAACAACCAGGCACCCUCCGCGGUAUCUUGGAAACUUAUCGAGCUGGUUUCAAGAAUGGAGAAAUCAACCAGGAACUCGCCAAGACGAAAUUGACGAUUCCGGUCAUGACGAUUGGUGCUCCGGAGUUCUUUGGGCCGACAGUGAAGGAGUGUGCGGAUAAGUUUGCGGAGAAUGUGGUCAAGAGUGAGAUUUAUGAGGAGUGUGGGCAUAGUCUUGCGUUGGAGAAGCCGGAGAGGUUGGCGAAGGAUUUGAUUGGGUUCUUUUUGGAGUAG